AUUUCCAUUAAUUGGCUGCUGCUCUAUUAUAACAUCCAAUUAUUGGAUUAUAUAACAACUUGAAAGAAGCUUAAAAUGACUACCAGUGCUAACCCAGGCAACCCUACUACCACCACUCCACCAGUCACUGCUUCCACUGGUCCUCCUACCCAAGCCACGGUGGACACUACCUCUGGUGACCCUGCUCCGACGGUUGGUGGGGUUCCUACUCAGCAGUUCGCUUCCCUAUAUGCUGGCGACCUCGCUCCUGAUGUGAAUGAGGCCGUUCUAUAUGAGGUCUUCAACGGAAUUGGUCCUGUUGCCUCGAUUCGCGUGUGUCGCGACUCGGUGACUCGUAAAUCCCUCGGUUACGCCUACAUUAACUUCCAUAACGUUGCUGAUGCUGAACGUGCUCUGGACACGCUCAAUUACUCGCCUAUCAACGGAAGGCCGUGCCGUCUUAUGUGGAGCCACAGGGACCCCGCCUUACGUCGCAGUGGUGCUGGUAACGUUUAUGUUAAGAAUCUCGAUAGGAACAUUGACAACAAGGCUCUUUACGACACUUUCUCCCUCUUCGGCAACAUACUCUCAUGCAAGGUUGCUUUGACUCCCGAUGGGAAGUCUAGAGGCUUUGGGUUUGUCCAUUUUGAAUCGGAUGAGUCAGCUGAGGCUGCUAUCGCUAAGUUGAAUGGUAUGCAAAUUGGGGAGAAGACGGUAUACGUGGCUCAAUUCAAGAAGACUGCUGACAGGAGUGAUGGAAGUCCGAAAAACUUCACGAACGUUUAUAUCAAGCACAUCCCGCCUUCCUGGACCGAGGAGAAGAUCAGAGAGGAGUUUGGUGCCUUUGGAGAGAUCACUAGCUUUGCUAUGCAGACGGAUCCCAAGGGUAGACGAUUCGCCUUUGUGAAUUUUGCUGAGUUCGAGCAGGCCAGGGCGGCAGUCGAGGAUAUGGAUGGUGAAGAU